GUCCUGUCUCCAAUGGGCACACGAGCCGCGGCCCUCACAGAAUCCAAUCCGUCUUCGCCGAAGUGAUGCUUCGGAGCUAGCGAAACAAACAAACGACCCAACCCAAACCCUAACCCUAACCCUAACCCGUUUCCGCUCCCUUUUCGCGCCAAAACCCUCCCUCCGUGCCUCCGUCCGUCCUUGCUUCCGCCAUCCUCCUCCUUCGUCCUCGCCGAUCCCUUCGUCGCCAAUGGGGGUGGGCGGCAACUUCUGGGACCUCCUGAAACCCUACGCGAGGCAGGAGGGCGUCGACUUCCUCCGCGACAAGCGCGUGGCCGUCGACCUCUCCUUCUGGAUCGUCCAGCACGACGCCGCCGUCCGCGCCCGCAGCCCCCGCGCCCGCAACCCCCACCUCCGCACCACUUUCUUCCGCACCAUCUCCCUCUUCUCCAAGAUGGGGGCGUUCCCGGUGUUCGUGGUCGACGGGGACCCGUCGCCCUUGAAGUCCCGGGCGAGGAUCGAGCGCUUCUUCCGCGGCUCGGGGUUGGACCCCACCGCGAUGCCCAAGGCGAUUGCGGCGGCGGCAGCAGCGGAAGGGGAGGACGCGAAUGCCGUGAAGCAGCGGAAUCGGGUGUUCACCAAAUACGUCCAGGAUUGCGUGGAAUUGCUUGAACUCCUAGGCAUGCCAGUUUUGAAGGCACGUUGUGAGGCUGAAGCUCUGUGUGCCCAAUUGAACAAAGAAGGUCAUGUAGAUGCUUGCAUAACGGCUGACAGUGAUGCUUUUCUUUUUGGGGCAAAAUGUGUUGUAAAGUGCCUCCGAUCCAACUCUAAGGAACCUUUUGAGUGCUACAAUAUAUCAGAUAUUGAAGCUGGCCUUAGCCUAAAGAGAAAACAAAUGGUGGCCAUUGCUCUUCUUGUUGGUAAUGACCAUGAUUUGGAUGGGGUACCUGGUUUUGGUGUUGAUACAGCUCUUCGUUUUGUGCAGUUGUUUAGUGAAGAUGACAUUUUGAAUAGGUUACGUGAAGUUGGCAAAGGCAAUUUUCUUAGCUUAAAAGGAAGUGCCAAGCCUGAUACUGAUGUCCUCGUGCCCUUUUUGAAUGAGGUAACAACAAAUGCAAGACCUCCACACUGUUCAUAUUGUGGUCAUCCUGGCAGCAAGAAAGCUCAUAGAACAAAUGCAUGUGAAUAUUGCUCACUUGAUGGUUCUGAAUAUUGCAUUGAAAAACCAGCUGGCUUCAAAUGCGCGUGUACGACCUGCAAAAAGGAUCGCAAAGUUAAAGAUCAGAAGAAGCAUGAAAACUGGCAAAUCAAGGUUUGCGAGAGGAUUGCUGCUGAGCAGAAUUUUCCAAACAAUGAGAUCAUUGAAUUGUAUUUAAGCGACAACCAUGGAAAUUACAAAGAAAAUGACGGCCCCUCACUUAGGUGUGAGAAGCCUAAAGUUGAAGCUCUGGUUGACUUCUUGAUUUAUCACCAACAUUGGGAGCCAUCUUAUAUUCGACAAAGAAUUCUCCCAAUGUUAUCCACAAUUUAUUUAAGAGAUGCUGCCUCAAAUCCAGAUGAACGCUUGCUGCUUUAUGACCAAUAUGAAUUCCAUUCAAUUCAGCGUGUAAAGAUACGAUAUGGUAAUCCUUACUACUUAGUAAAAUGGAAGAGAGUUUCCUGUAAUACAAUUCUUCCUACUAUAUCCAGUGAAGAAUCAGAUAUUGAGGUGGAGCCCGCCGGAGUAUCGGAGUCUAAUGACUUCUUGGAUGAGCCAGAUGCACCUCAGAUUCUUAUCAAUGAUGGAUUCUGGUUUCUAUUGACUGAUGAAAAUAUGGAGCUUGUACAAGCAGCAUUUCCCAAAGAAGUUGAGAGAUUCCAAGAAGAAAAGGUUAUAUAUGCAUCUGUCGUGUGGAAGGCCCCAGGAUAGGAUACAUCUUAUCCAGAGGAUACAUUUUAUCCAGGCAAUACAUGCUUUUACUGAGAUGUUUCACAAAAACUGAUGCAUGUGCCCCUCAAUAUUUUUCCUAAAUACUGCUGGUCUAUGAUUUUGAUAGAAAGCUUUAGUUGCCCAUUGUUGGAGCUUGAUAAUCUGCUCCUUCCCUUGGUGAGACGUAAGCAGAGAUGGAUACAAGAAGCAACUCUUAACUGCAUGAUUUGUGUGAAUAAAUACUGAUAAAAAAACUUUUGAAAUAUUUCACAGUAAGAUUUAUAGCAUAUUAUACAAGAAGUAACUGUGAACCACACCUUGCUUGAAUAAUCGCGUUUGGUGUUGCUUACUCUUUUUUCUGUUUCAUUUUCUUUUCUUGAUAUGCAUGCAAAAUGUACAUUGUGUUUCUGUGGUUCAUUCAGGCUAAACCAAACUAAUUAUACUUUUAAGCACGCGGAAUAUAAAUUAUUGGUUCAGUUUUGUUAAAACUGCUUCA